AUGGCUUCAGCAGUAACAGAUCUCGAGACUGGCCUCCAGGCCAUGCUCAACCUCAAGCCUCCCGGCGUUUCCGGCUCUCGCAUCACAAGUUUGACUUCGCUUUGCGUCGCCAAUAUUCAGUCUGAAUCCGUCCUUAUUCAAAAAAUCUACACCCACUUCAAAAAGACUCCGGGAACCCAUAAGCUUGGUGUUCUCUACGUCGUAGACUCAGUAACCCGAAAAUGGCUCGAGCAGGCCAAGGCACAAGGCCAGCCCAUUAACAGUUCUGCUUCUGAUGGCACAUAUGCUGCUGGAGUGCACCGAGUAACCGAACUGAUGCCCGUAUUGAUGAAUGAUAUUACUCAAUCCGCCCCUGAAGACCAAAAGCUCCCAUCUAACCAUCUCUCGGCAGAAACCUCUACAACUCCUCCUGGUAGCCCACCUCCAAACGUGUUGGCGUCGCUGCAGGGUCGCCAGCCAACAUCUACCGCCGCUCCUGCUUCUACAACCGCCAAUGGCUCUUCCAUUCUCGAGGCUCUUGCCAACAUCGCCCGUCAAAAUACCACAUCUAGCGCCGCUCCUAGUAAUGGCAACCUGCCUGUUCCAGCCGCAUCGUAUAGCAUGCCGGCCUCUGCCUUGCCGCAACCCGUGUCUUCUUCGCAGGCGCCCUCGUCUUAUUCUGCUGCUUCACAGCCAGUAAAUAUGCCCUUUAGUCUGGCUCAGAUGCUGGGACAGAAUGUACCGGCCCAGGGAAUGCCCGCAAAUACCGUCCCCCAGAUGCCAGCCGCCCCUGGCGUAGCGCCUGGUGGCAUGGAUCCCAACACUCAGCAGCAGAUUAUGCUCAUCAAGCUUCUAGCUGAUCAAGGUGUUCCUUUUGAUAAGAUACCUGCCCUGAUCCAGAGUAUGACUGGCGGAGCUGCUGUUGGCCAGCCUACUCCUGCUCCUGCUCCUGCUCCCGCUGUUCAAGGCUCUUUUCCUGUCCAGCCGGCCUGGGGAGCACCCUCCAAUGGCCCAUCGCGUGAGGAUCCUCGCAAUCGCGCGUAUGGCGAUGGCGGCAGAUCUCCUAAUAGAUUUCACAACGGUCGAUCUCGCUCCAGGUCACCCGACCGAUGGGGUCAGCGCGGCUCUCCGCGUGGAGGACGUGACUUUGGCGGCCGUAAUAGCCCCCCUCGGGGUCGUCACGAAGACAGAGAUCGCAACGCCCGUAGAGGGAAUGAUUUCCGCCAGCGCAGCCCUCCAGGUGGUCGUCGUGGCAGGUCUCCAUCGUCAAGCGGCGAACUGCCCCACGUUGACAGAUGGAUCGAAUUUGAUCAAAGCCUUCUUCCUAACUCGAUCCGCGUUCUUAGCCGAACCCUUUUCGUUGGAGGUGUAACUUGCCCCGAGCCCGAGCUGCGCGCUAUCUUCGGUCGCUACGGCACCGUUCAGACUUGCAUUGUCAACAAGGACAAGAGGCACGCCUUCGUCAAGAUGCUGACUCGCAAGGAUGCCGAGAGCGCUAAAACCAACAUGGAAGACAACAGACACCUGGACAUUCCACUUCGCACGCGUUGGGGAGUCGGCUUCGGCCCCAGAGAUUGCAGUGACUACGCUACUGGCGUCAGCAUCAUCCCGAUCCCUAAGCUGACCGAGGCUGAUCGCAAGUGGAUGUUGACGGCGCCUUACGGCGGCAGUGGCGGCCGACCCAUUGAGGCCGGUCUCUGUGUCGAGGAGCCGGACAUUGAAAUCGGUGCCGGCGUCUCGUCCAAAGCCAUCAGCCGCCGUAUGCAGACUGACAAGGGCGGUCAAAAUGGCCCCAAGUCGACCCGGCAGCGUGAUGACGACUGGUCCCAGGACGACAAUGGUAGCCACGGGCGCGGUGGGCGCGGCAGCAGCGACCGAGGCACCGGAGCCAACCAUGGUCAGGGUGGCCAGAUGCCCGGAUUUCCGUUUGGAGUUGGCACGCUACCGAACGGCAUGCCCAAUUUUCCCCAAGGCUUCCAGUUCCCACAGUAA